AUUCUAGACGGGUUUGGAUUGUGGAAAUGAAUUGCUAUAAGGAUAUUGACAUGAAACAAAUAGCAAGUGACUGAUGCAAGAUAUUUAUGUACUCUCAAUUGUGUAUUUAGGUAUUAAGAAGUAGCUAUCUCAAAUAUCUGUGAACUCAAGUGACUAUCCAGUUUGAUAGCUAUUACUGAUUCUUUUAAUGUGUUGUUUGUUUGAUAGCUAGAUUAAAAUAAUAAAAAUUAUGCAUGGUUAGGAUCACAAAUGGAUUAUGAAAUCUUUUCUUAUAACAGUAUAACACAUUUAUACAUAAGUUAUUGUAAUAUUAUAUAUUUCCGUUGCAACGCACGGGCACUUACCUAGUAACAAAAGAAGAGGAGACAGUAAUUAAGCAUUACGUAAGCAAUAGUGAUUGACUUAAUAAUUAAUUGAGCGCAACGCGUUUACUGCCUCCAGUGUCCAGUCCAAGCUAAAAACCGGUGCAGAACUGCUCUCUUUUGGCGUACCAGUGCGUCAACCGUAACCCUUUUUCUUUUGCAAGUAACACUCCUGCACUCGCUUUUAAAAUCCGGGCUGUGAGAGGAGGGAAAAUCUCGCUUAUAAGCUCAUCACGGCCCCCUCUAGCUAGUGAGGUGGUACUAAAGCCGGACGCUGACGGUUGCGCUCCUGACAUCCCAUCCCCUUUUCGGGCGGUAUGACGAUUGCCUGAGCUCCGAUACCAAUUGUCAGCGACCUUCCCGGUCUAACCCACUCAAUGCUACACCUUUGGACGUUUUUCGGCGCUCGUGGGCUAACACAAGCGAGCCCCUGCACUCGCUCUCAAAACCCAGGCCGUGAGAGGAUGGGAAAUCUCGCUUAUAAGCUCACCACGACCCCCUCCCGCUAGCGAGGUGGUACUAAAGCCGGACGCUGACGGUUGGGCUCCUGACAACCUGCUGUAUCGCUGCUUGUCACUGUGACCAAAUUGGGUUCAAAACUGGGACCGGAUCAACAACAUUUUCCUAGCACAGAAACUAAACACAAAUGGACUAUAAUUUAUUGCACCUUUGAACAUUUUAUAUAAUUUACUGCACCUUUGAACAUUCUAUAUAAUCCAGUGACACUUAGGUGUCUGAGUUGUCUAAUUAAGCUUUCCUCUUAUGACAAUCUAUCAUAACUAUACCUUUGUCUUGACCCCUUGCAUUUUUCUUUUAUCCUUCCUCUUUUCAUGUUGAACCCUUGAUUCUUCUUUUGGAUAUAACCAUCAUUUCGUAGUUGCCAUUCUUGCUCAAUCUUAGAUGUGGACUUUAGCCUAGCUCAUCUACACCACCUAGAGUAGAGGUUAGACCACUAGUUUCACAUGGAGUUUCAUUCUUUCUCUUUUCAAUAAUUGACGACAACCAUACAAAGGUAGGAACUAUAAUUUGAAUUCCAAGAUAGUAUUUCAUACAAGAGUUACUAACUUGGUUUGAAUUUGAUUAACGUGUCUAAGAGUUUUAGCUACCUGUGAAUAUUUAGACAAGUUUCAUAAGUUAACUUUGAUAGUAUUUGUUCCCUCUACAUGUGUGCUAGGAAUUAUGAAUUACAACUUGCAUGUGUUGGAUUUUGAAAUUAUGUAAGAAACAAUGCUACCAAGUGAUGCUAAGGUGUAUAAGAUAACCCCUUGAAGCAUGUAGACUACUUAAAUGCCACUUAGAAAACAUUUAUCUUUGGCCCCUAAGAUAGCUAGACACACCUUCGUGAGAUCAAAACUACAAGAGAGAUUUCUAGAUACCAAUUAAAAACAAAUAAUAUUAAAUGUAGUUAUUGCUUUACUUAUGCAUGCUAGUAUAUCAAAUCAUCAAUUGAACAUUCAUCUUGGUCCAUAAUAUAGCCCCUGUUUUUAUCAUGUGUAACAUGUCUGCAACAACUUUAAUUUAGAGCUGAUUUGAUGAUAAGGGAAUUAGAUGGAUUCAUGGGAGGAAAUCUCUUGGUAUUCAUUUCAUUUUCUAUGGAUUUUCUCCAAUUAUUUUGUCACUAAACCAGCCUUUAGUGUUAUUUUUCCCGAAACAUGCAGAUCUAAAUUCAUCGUCUAUUUUGCUCAUGAUUUUAUGGAAAAAAGUAGGUCUACCCCUGUGCGAGAGCAUAUAUAGAAAUUUGCAUCAAUGCCAAAUAAAAUACUAGGCAGGCAACUGAUCAUACUAAAUACUAAAUUUAUAAAAUCAUAAACAGAAAGGGCUUUGAUACAAAAACAGCCUGGCCAGCACUGCCAUUGCCCAUUGACUUCGGUAGCGACCUCUCACGGUCUCACCCCACUCCCGCCUCUCCUCAGUCACCCCUCCAGCUCCAAGGUCCGAGCCCAACUGCCAGAGAAUUUCCUGCGCGCGCAGGCAGGGCGCUCGACGGAAUGCGUGCGCCAGACGUCGCCGCGCCUCCUCGCCAGCCUCAGCCCCACGUGGGCCUCCUCUACCCUCCCCCUCCCACCGGCCCCGCGCGUAGGGGUGUCGACGUCGCCGCGACAACGACGCGGGCGGGCGGUGGGCGAGUGAGAGUGGGGUUGGGACAGAGAUGUCAACCUCAGCUCGUUGUUUUUUCUCUCUCCGUUUCUCCCUCCUGGACUCGGGCUCCCACCCUAUUUCUUUGCUGCACCUGCACCUCCGCUUCCCGUCCAUAUCACGCUUUGAUCGCUUCUUUUUUCUCUCCAUCAUUUCUCCCCGUUUCGUCUCGCUUCUUUUCUGUCGCCUCCCGUUUCGUCUAUCUCCGGCCGGCCUUUCUGCUGCAAGGAAACCAAUAUUGUUUGCUGGAUCUUUCAAAAAGGGAAACCGAAUUCCCGAGAGCGAGCAGCAGGGAAUCUCUGCUGAAUCCGUAGGCUCCGAAUUGGAGCUGGAAGUGUAGUGAUUUCCUGAUUGGGGACAUAAGGUGGGGUUUGUCCCUACUCCCCAGUGAGCUCCACGCGGUCCCUGCUGUUCUUCCAGUCAAAAUUCUGUACCCUUCGGUGCUGGGGUCAAGGAACUAGGCGUGUUGUCCUGAACUCUUGAUUCCUGCUUCAUGGAAAUUGUAUAUGUUUUUCUCUGAAUUCAAAAUCGUCCCUAUUCUCCCAAAGCUUUCUGAGUUUCAAGGCCACAUGGGACAUAAGGGAGAAGCAAGCAAAGAGCUGAUAGUGAAGGUGCCAUGUGUGUUUGGAACAGGCGCAGGAAGAAGGAUAUUGUCCCUCUCCAAAACUAUAAACAUGGGUUGGUUGAGUAAAAUAUUUAAAGGUCCAGUAAAUAGAGUUUCAAGAGGACACUACAACGGGAACUCCCAUGAAGGCUAUUCAGCUCAGCACACUAAAUCAUAUGGUGUGCAUGGCAAUGAGGACGAAGACAUGGAUCAUGCUAUUGCAUUAUCCUUAUCAGAGGAAGAUCAAAGGAAGGGAAAGACCAUUGAUACCGGGCAUCAUUUAGAUGAAGAUGAACAGAUUGCACAGGCUCUGCAAGAAAAUAUUGGUCAUAACCUAGCUGAAGACGAACAGCUUGCACGGGCUCUGCAAGAAAGUAUGAAUGAUGGACCUCCUCGUCAGCACAUUCCAGUUGAAGAUGUUAACUCAGAAAGUACUCCAGCAAGCAUCUUGCCCUCAAAUAUUUUCCGCACAAGUGGCUUGAGGGUUUGUGCUGGAUGCAGAAGUCCAAUUGGCCGCGGUCGGUUUCUCAGUUGUAUGGACUCUGUUUGGCAUCCCGAGUGCUUCAGGUGUUAUGCUUGUGAUAGACCAAUAUCAGAGUAUGAGUUUGCUGUUCAUGAAAACCAUGCCUACCACAGGCCCUGCUACAAGGAGCGUUUCCAUCCUAAAUGUGAUGUUUGCAGUAGCUUUAUUCCCACAGAUAAAAAUGGCCUCAUUGAAUACCGGGCCCAUCCUUUUUGGAUGCAGAAGUAUUGUCCUUCCCAUGAAAAUGAUGGUACACCUAGGUGCUGCAGUUGUGAACGAAUGGAGCCAAAGGACAGUCAAUACAUAACAUUAGAUGAUGGCCGGAGACUCUGCUUGGAGUGUCUGCAUACUGCUAUUAUGGAGACCAAUGAAUGCCAGCCACUGUACAUUGAUAUUCAAGAAUUUUAUGAGGGUAUGAACAUGAAAGUAGAGCAACAAGUUCCCUUGCUUUUGGUUGAGCGACAAGCUUUAAAUGAAGCCAUGGAAGCAGAGAAAUCUGUGCACCACCUUCCUGAAACAAGAGGCCUCUGCCUAUCUGAGGAGCAGAUUGUCAGAACUAUAUUGAAAGGACCAAUUGGACCAGGCAACAGAAUCAUAGAUAUGGUCACAGGACCAUACAAACUCAUUAGACGGUGUGAAGUGACUGCAAUUCUUAUACUGUACGGGCUGCCAAGGCUGCUAACUGGCUCGAUUCUGGCUCAUGAGAUGAUGCAUGCUUACCUCCGACUUAAAGGAUACCGAACCCUGAGUCCAGAGGUUGAAGAAGGCAUCUGUCAGGUUCUAGCUCAUCUUUGGCUUGAGUCAGAAAUCACAUCAGGUUCUGGUAGCAUGUCAACCACCUCAGAUGCGUCAUCGUCAUCUUCAACAUCUUCAUCAUCGAAAAAGGGCGCAAAGACGGAAUUUGAAAAAAGACUCGGGGAGUUCUUCAAGUACCAAAUUGAAACAGAUUCUUCUGUCGCUUAUGGAGAUGGGUUUCGAGCAGGCAUGCGAGCCAUUGAGCGGUACGGCUUGAGAAGCACCCUUGAUCAUAUCAAGAUGACGGGGUCUUUUCCAUGCUGAAGCUGGUUUUUUUUUACCUCGGCUUGGAUAUGGGUAUACAUAUUUUUUUUGGAGAACUUUUGGUUCAGGUUAUACAUACGAAAAGCCGAACUUCUGUGUCGAGAAGAGGCAUAAGGAUUUAGCUAUACUGUCCAUUGCAGGAAAAAAAACUGUUUCCCUUUUCAAUUAUAAAAUUUCACAGUGCAGACAUGAAGGUAUGUGGUCUUUAGCUUGGCCAACCUUGUGGAAUGCUGUCACUUGAUGCAAAAGAAAUUUCGAAUACAUAUGCUUUGCUGUGCUUGAAAUGCAAUGGUUGGAUGCUAUGCUCU